UCAACACAGCUCGCUCAAAAAUAAAUCCACAAUGAAAGUUCCCUUUAUUUGUUUGUGCUUGUUAGUGACUGGAAUUUUGGCUCAGGAUACAAAGCCAGAAGUUCCUGUGGACUUUCCGCCCCCUACCACAGUGACCACCACAUCUGAAGAAACUACAACAACCACCAUAGCAGAUACAACAAUUGCAGCAACAGAACCAACCACAACUUCCACACCAGAACCCACUACAAUUUCAACAACAGAAGAGAGUACUACUACAACAAUAGCACCCACAACAACUACAACACAAGAACUAACCACAACGGAACCCACUACAACUUCAACCACAGAAAGGAGUACAACAACGACCCCAGCGCCCACUACAUCGACAACAAUAGAAACCACCACAAUACCCAGUCCAACUUCAACAACACAAAGGGAACCAAUAUUUACGAACCAGAUACCUUCCAAUGUGCAACCCACAUAUCCAUGGCGACCCAUUUAUACUACAAAAUCCCCUUGGACCUGGAACAACCCCACAGAAACGUGUUAUCUGAAAGACCACCAGGAGUAUCGAAGAAGCUGCUAUGGAUGGGGUUGGCAAACUACGUUCAACUGCUAUCGGUGCUGCAACAACGCAUACAGCGGCACAGUUGGAUGCAGUAAGCUUCACGAAGGGCGUUGUUGGUGGCUUGACUACGGUCAAUGGAGAACGCAUACUGUUUAUGUGCAAAAAUAAAUUAUUAAAAUACUUAUUAAACUAAAAGUCAAAUAAAGCCUGUACACUGCUGUAAAAUAAGUUUUGUGAGCCUAAACAGCUUGAAAAAUAUAAAUUUAUUUUUUUCAAUUUGA